CUUCCUUGUUGUCUGUAACAAUCCUUGUUCCACAAGACAAUAGUCCUUUUCAUUCCCCUCCUUCACUCACACACAAACACACAUAUAUACUCACAACCCCAUAAGUCAAGUAAUCUCAAUUACUCUUAGAAAGCUAGCAAGUACCUAUCUCUAACCUAUUAGCCUAGCUUCUUAUGCUUCAUGGAACUUCAGUCAGGUCUGGCUCUACCCAUUCAUAGUUCCAUUGAAGGAUUCGAUCCCUACAACUCUGAUUUAAAUAAUCACAUUCGCGGUUCAGAAAAUAUAAAGUAUGUCAAAAACAAACGUAGCUUUGAUGAGUCUUUUGGAGAUUUUUCGAAACCUUUGCCUCUAUUAGUAUGGAGUGGACAACCAAAUGAAGAAGAUGGCCGCAGUGAAAAGAAGAACAGAAGCAUUCACACAUCAAACAAUGAAGGAGAAAACCAUUUGGUUGGGUGGCCACCAAUUAAAUCAUGGAGGAAGAAAGAAUUUCAUGAUCAGCAGCUUCCUGAACAUAUAAGGAAAGCUAAUGAAAAUCAAAAUAGAAGAUCAAAACCUUUGUAUGUUAAGGUUAACAUGGAAGGGGUUGGCAUGGGAAGACAAAUCAAUUUGAGGCUUUACAACUCUUAUCAAACUCUCAAAGACUCGUUGAUUAGCAUGUUUGUUAAAUGCCAAAAUUUUGAGGAAACUGGAGCAAACUAUACACUCACAUUUCAGAAUAAACAAGGGGAGUGGAAGCUUACAAGCCAUAUAACAUGGCAAUCCUUUAUUGGUACUGUGCGGCGUUUGGCUAUAUUGAGGAAUGGAGAAUGUGAAACUAUCUGACGAAGACUAUACUACAUAGUUUGUACUUUAAUGCUGUUGUACUUUGUUAGUAAAGAGUACUAUCUCCUUCAAUGUGUUACAGAGAGCAUAAGCAAAAUAUGUGAAGUCAAAUUAGUGAAUUACAAUUUACAAAUAAUUUGUAAUAAUUUUGAUUUUUUUA